AUGAUGGACAAUUUAGGCAUAGUGGGUGAGAUAUCUCCUGUUUUCCGACCGUAUAUACAAACAAUUUAUCAAGAUUUGAAAAUAGGACUAUGUAAAACGAAAAUAGAUUUAGAAAGAAUAACUGGAAAUUCAGAUGGAGUUGAAAGCCAACUACGAUUAGUGUUACCGUAUUGUUCAAAGAAGUUGAAGUGGGAAAUUAUAUUUGAUCCCUCUACCCCCUGGUUUGCUCCAGACUUCAGAUUUGAUGAUGAUAGUUUUCUUGCUACUGCUGAUGAAGAGUUUUUAAAUAAAAAAGUGCCUAGCCUAUGUCAAUGGAAUUCAAGUGAUCCAAAAGCACUUUGUGGUGCUAUAUCUGAACUAAUUAAUUUAUAUAAAAUUCAUCAGGUAAAAAAAUUAAAUGAGGAUGAUAGUUCACGUGCAUCUUUUGAAUAUAGCGCUUUGCUUGGAAAUGCACUCACCACAGAAGAAGAUGUGGAAGUCUGGGUAGGAGGUCAUAUUGUAGAGUUUUUAAUCAAACUUAAAAUCAAUACAUCUAGCCUUCCUGAGUUAUACAAUGAGAGUCCAGAAAUCAAUCCAGGUAUAGAUACAGCACUAUUAUUAGUGAGAUAUCCAAAUUCUACAAAUGCGGAGCUAAUCCUGUCUCCAUUUCUAUCAAAUGUUCUUGGUAACAUUACAUUACCACUCAUGCACCAGUCUGGAGUACUCAUGGACUAUGUACCUAUGGUAACAGAUCUAUUGAACAAUAAGAUCCAGGAUAUAAUUAAUAAUGAUAGAGUGAAAAGAGAAUUACUAGCGCAGCUUAUUAUAAAAUAUGAAGGUGCCAUAUUAGAGCAUGAUGCUUCAAGUGCGGCAUUACUGUUCCAAAUGAACGAUUUCCAUUGGAUAUUGCAGAUUGAUAUAGGUGCCAAUUUUCCAGAAAAACCUCCCGUGUUAACACUUCGUUCGGUGUAUCACAUUUCCAAAGGAAAGCCCAAAGUGAAAGUCCUACAAAAUUGUCCUUAUAACAACUUUGAAGCAUACAUAGAACAACAAGUUGAAAUAUUUAAAAAUGAGUGCAAAGGAACUGCAAGCCAACCAGUUCUUAAUAUUGACAAAUAA